AAAGUCCAUGCCAUCUGCCUCCUCCUCCUCAAAUCCGGUAUCCGAUGCCCUUACAAGUUUAACACGAGCUGCCUCUGUAGCGUUCAAUGCAGUACAAGAGCAAGCUCAGACAGACGUCGCACAAGCGCGAGCCGAACGCGAUGAUGCACUCAGGGUUGCACAAGAAGCUAGGCUAGACGCCAAGGACCUGGAACUGCGAGAGGAGGGUUGGAGAGCCGCGCUAGACAAGUCUGACAUGACGAUCAAGCACCAAGCGGACACGAUCGCACAGUUGCGAAACGAAGUGGACCAAUGGAAGACGCAGCUCACACGUCUGGAAGAGUCUUCGCGGCAAGAGAUUGAUGACUGGAAGGAGCAAUAUCGCAGGGCAGAGCACGAACGAACCCGUCUCUCAGCCCGCAUUGAUGAGCUGAUCACUGGCCAACUAGCGUGGAAUGCUGCCGCACAAGUUUACACCACUCCAUACGCCCCCCGAAUCGCAUAUACCGACAUCGCAGAAGCCUCUACAUCAUCGUCCGGCCCCAGGAGGGCGUCAACAGUAUCCCACUCGCGCAGGCCGGUGGGCACCCCGCACGGAGGCGGCCGUGCACACCCAGACACCGACGGGGCUCCUUCCACCUCGCGCAAGCCCAGAGUAGCGGGCAGAGCGCAUGCAGAGCGUGACCCCCAAUCCAGGUCUCGCGGGGGCUCUCCUACACGCCUGAUCACAGGUCGGCGCAAGGAGCAGGUCACCGUAGAGGUCCCGAGGGCUAGCGGCAGCAGAACCGCCCCCCGCACAUCAAUUGUGCAACAUCCUUCGCCUCCGAGCCGGGAUUCCCAGGUCUUUUCCGCACCGCGGCAGCAGGUCAUUCGCCGUGUCACUGCGUUUGUCGACGUGAAGGAAGAAGAGUCAGACGGCGGGCUCGACGAUCAGGGAUCGGCACGCUCGGGCUCGGUGUAUGAGCCUGAUGACGUCCCGCCAAUUCCGCCAAGCGGUAGACGGCAACGUGCCUCACAACCGACAGUCCGGAGGAAGAAAGUCCUGCCGGACUGGGACGAGGAUGAACAGACACCAGACGUCGGAGACGAUGCUAGCCAGUUUGAGGAAGACCCCGAGCCCGAGGACGAGGAGGAAGACGACGAGCUCUUGCUAGGCCCUAAGAAGAGCAAGCCGUCGGCUACCAACGCAAAGCAGCCGCGUGUACAUGGUGCAGCCAAAGGGCAAGGGGCAGCAAAGAACCUGAAGCGCAAGCUUGACGCAAAUACGAGUGUCUCUUCUGGAAGGGCGAGUGCUGCGAAGACAGCUAAGACUCGUUGACCGGCUCCUUGCGUUCGCCUCCCAGGACUCUGGAUAUUG